AUGGGGAGGAUCAGGAAAAACCACUUUGGGAUUUUGACUUUUUAUUUUUUAGCAAAAAUCGUGUGGGCGCAAAGCGCCAAGGACCUCAAAGAUCCAAGUAAUAUGCCCCUGGUAAAAGAAACUGUGGACAGACUGAUGAAGGGAUACGACAUACGGUUGAGACCAGAUUUUGGAGGUGCACCAGUGGCAGUGGGAAUGAAUAUAGACAUCUCCAGCAUAGACAUGGUUUCUGAAGUCAAUAUGGACUACACACUGACAAUGUACUUUCAGCAAGCAUGGCGGGAUAAACGUCUGUCCUACUCUGAAGUUGCUUACAACUUGACUUUGGAUAACCGCGUAGCAGACCAGCUCUGGGUCCCAGACACAUACUUCCUCAACGACAAAAAGUCCUUCGUUCAUGGAGUGACGGUUAAAAACAGGAUGAUCCGCCUUCAUCCAGAUGGCACGGUGCUGUACGGACUCAGGAUCACAACAACAGCUGCCUGCAUGAUGGACCUGAGGAGAUAUCCUCUGGAUGAACAAAACUGCACUCUGGAGAUCGAGAGCUAUGGAUAUACCACUGAUGACAUUGAGUUUUACUGGCGAGGCGGAGAGGGUGCAGUGUCUGGGGUUGACAGAAUAGAACUCCCACAGUUUUCUAUUGUUGACUAUAAACUCAUCUCCAAAAAUGUCGUGUUCUCCACAGGUUCCUACCCCCGCCUGUCCCUCAGCUUCAAACUCAAGAGGAACAUUGGUUACUUCAUCCUGCAGACGUACAUGCCUUCCAUCCUGAUUACCAUCCUCUCCUGGGUCUCCUUCUGGAUCAACUACGAUGCCUCUGCUGCGAGAGUAGCCCUGGGGAUCACCACGGUGCUGACCAUGACCACCAUCAACACUCACCUGCGGGAGACGCUGCCAAAGAUCCCCUACGUGAAAGCCAUUGACAUGUACCUGAUGGGCUGUUUUGUCUUUGUCUUCUUGGCCCUGUUGGAGUACGCUUUUGUCAACUACAUCUUCUUCGGCCAGGGCCCACAGCGGCAGAAGAAGGCUGCAGAGAAGGCCGCUUUGGCCAACAAUGAAAAACUACGAUCCGACCCGAACAAGUGGCUGGUGGGAAAUGUAGUUCAGAGAGAUGAUGCUCUGUAUGCCAGAAUGAAACAGAAGGAAAUUGACGCAUAUGACUCGAUGUGGGAUCCCAUCUUUAUGGACGAUGCCGCAUUAGGACUAGGCGAGCAGAGAAAUAAGAUGACGACUGACGACAACCUCCUGUUCGGGACUCUGGAGAUGAAGAACGAAAUGGGAGGAGUGGGGGAUCUAUCUCGAGGCCUGGGCGCUCCGGGAGACCCUCGCAACACCAUGAUGUCCUACGACGCCUCUUCGCUCAUGUACCGCAGGGCAGCCAUGGCUCGCCAGAACUACGGCCACAGCGCUUUGGAACGACACGCCCAAAAGAAGUCGCGGCUACGGAGACGGGCCUCCCAGCUCAAAGUCAACAUCCCCGACCUCUCCGAUGUGAACUCCAUCGACAAGUGGUCCAGAAUGAUCUUCCCCACGGUCUUUUCCUUCUUCAACGUGGUCUACUGGCUCUACUACGUUCAUUAA